AUGUCCUGCCCUCCACCAGCAUCUCCUAUAAUCCCCGGCGCCUUCGAUGACAGCGACGACAGCAGCAGCACCACAGACUACGGCUCCGACUUCUCCCCGGAAGAAGACGCGCUGCUGACCGACCUGCUCGCCAAGAUCGCCCCGGAUCGCCACGCGAUUACCACCACUGCCCCAGCAGAAGCAGCAGCGCAUCCACCUCCAUCUCAGGUCGCACCCGUCAUUCGAGACAUCGAAGACCAGUAUGCGGAUCCCUCGAAUAGCUGGGUACCUAGGGUCCUGGGGCGCGAGAAGCCUACAUGGCCGCAGCGGAAUUGGGCGAAUCGGCCGGGUGGCGGCGGCGCAAGAGCAGCGGCGAUUCCAGGCUACGGUCGUGCCGCGUCUGGUAGUUUCCCCUUCCCUAUGGCUAUAGUUGUUUGUGGACUGAUUGGACAGUUGGGCUGA